AUGGUUGACCAGCGUCUUGCCUUACAUUUGAUUAUCUUAGUUCAAGCUGCAUUGCUAUCUUCCGCGUUUAAUUCUAGUAAUGAUGGUUCGCAUGAUUCCGGCUGUGCUGGGUAUAGUAGAGCUUUUGCUGAGAAUGUAGGCGAGGUAAUUACAUGUAUCGCUAACCACACCUCUCCGAUGUCUUAUUGCGGAUCUUGCCAGAGAUUACUUAACAGGUUGCACCAUAUAGUAACUGAUAAUAUUUCCGCUAGCCAAGAUGGUGUUCUUUGUGCCGAAUUGGUCUUGCCGGUCUCGGAACUCAUGCCCACUUACAAUGCUCUUAAAUUUAUCAUCGACAUUUGGGACUCUUCCUCCUGUUCUAAGUGCCUCACUGACCCAGUUUAUUUCGAUUUAAAAUUCUUGUUGCCGAGUUCAUCUUCUACAAUCGACCUUCAUCACUUCUAUGAGAAUCUUGUUAAGGGCGCCAAGCGUUUCGACGUUAGUGCAUACCCUUCUGAACCGACAGCCUACAACAACCUAACUCAGCGCUUCUUUCAGCUUCUGGAUAAGACUAUCACCUGCUUCAACUUAUAUAUAAAUUACUCUGCCUCAUCUCUACUUGACUCUUUCAACUUUCCGGGUGUUGACUUAAUCGAACCUCAAGGCUAA